UCUUCACUGAAAGAUGGAGACUACACAGCGGUUGUUAUUUUUAGUAACGUUUUUAAUUCAUUGUAUUACCAGUGUGGAAAAUAUUAAUUUAAGAUUAGACCCUUUAGUAGAUUCGAACGCUGGAUUAAUUAGAGGCUUACAUGCUUCUGAUGGCGAUUAUUCCAUGUUUCUAGGCAUACCGUUUGCUAAUGUUAACCAGAGUAAUCCAUUUGGGAUUGCUACACCACAGGAAAAGUUUAGAAAUGUAUUUGAAGCAUAUGAUGACUCCCUUAUGUUAUGCCCACAAUAUCAAUCUUCUGGAAUAAAAAUAGGAGAUAUAAAUUGCUUAUUUUUAAACGUUUACGUGCCAAACUCAGCUAAUUCCCAAAACCGCUUACCUGUUAUGAUUUAUAUUCACGGUGGAUCAUUCACUUCCGGCAGUGGAAGAAUAUCCGAAUAUGGUCCAAAAUAUUUGGUGAAUAAAGGCAUAAUUUUAGUAUCAAUCAAUUAUCGUCUUGGCCCAUAUGGCUUUAUGUGCCUUCACACGCCAGACGUACCGGGCAAUCAAGGCCUGAAAGAUCAGGUAUUAGCUUUUAGGUGGGUUAAAGAUAAUAUCGAAGCAUUUGGAGGUGAUGUUAAUAGAAUAACUUUAUUUGGACGAAGUUCAGGUGGUAUAUCAAUAGAUUUACAUCUAUUAGCUGAACACGACAAUCUUUUCAAUCGUGUUAUAAUGCAGAGUGGAACAUCUUUAGCUUCAAAGGUAUUACAAACACCUGGUAAACCAGAUACAGUAGCUCCUGUAAAGAUAGCUAAUUUUUUGGGUUUUGAAACUGACUCUGUAUCCGAAGCUUUGAAUUUUAUUGCUCAGAUUGAUUCUCAUUUAGUCAUUACAACUGCCAAUACGCUAAAUAUGGUAUUUAAACCAUGUAUAGAGACAGAAUUCAAUGAUAUAAAACCGUUUUUAACAAAACCUUGGAUUAACACAGAAAUUCCGAAAGUAAAAGGAAUGCCAAUACUUAUAGGAUUUAAUAACAAAGAAAGAUCGUCUCAGUAUGUUACAAAAAAACCAGAAUAUUUCGAAAAUUUGAAUAUCAUACAUGAAAAAUUGGACCAGUCUUUCAAUUUUGAUGACAAUGAACUAGCGGAAAUGGAAAAUAUUGUUCAUCACUUUUAUCUUGGUGAUGAAAAAAUAAAUGUAACUGUAAAAGAUGAGAUUGGUGAUUUUGAUUCUGAUUGUACAUAUAUUCACCCAAUUCAAAGAAGUAUUAAACAAUAUAUAGAAAAUUCUGCCGAAAAUAUAUUUUAUUACAUGUUUUCAUAUAGCGGUGGAAGGAAUUUCUACAGAGCACGAAAUAAUGUCACUGGAGAAGGUGCUUUUCAUACUGAUGAAAUAGGAUAUUUGUUUGAUGUAUCAUUUCUUUCUGAAGACAAUGAAAAAGAUAUGCUCAUAUUAGAACAAAUGACAACAAUGUGGACUAACUUUGCUAAAUACGAAGAUCCUACACCAGCUACAUCAGAACUAUUACCAGUCAAAUGGACACCUCUAACAGAAGACAAGUGGAAUUAUUUAAAUAUAGAUUCGGAAUUAUCAAUUAAAUCAAGACCACUUAAAGAAAGGAUGGCUUUUUGGGAUUUAUUCUACAAGUUGAAUGAAGAUGCGCAAAGACAGUUUGAAGGAUAAUAACCAUGUAAAUAUAUGUAUACUAGAUUUAAAUAUUUAUUAUUGGUAUUUUUUUUUAUAUAACAGGGGGCAAACGAAUAUGCGUUUCGCCUGACGGUGACUACCGCCGCGCAUGAAUAACCACAACACCGGAUAAAUUACAAAUAUGCUGCCGGCCUUUUAGAAAGAAAUGUGUAUUUGUCUUUUUAUUUUCUUAUUUAAACUAGAUAUAUUAUUACUGGUAUUCUACAAUUUUCUAAAACUUUUGAAAUUGGUUUUUAUAUUAUUGUUUAUUUUUAAUACAUAUACAAUUUUUUUUUA